AGAAGGAAGGAAUAAGACUGAACACAGUUCCAUUGCAAAAAGAUAGAAGAUAAAUGUAACUAUAUCACAUACUGUUCUACAACAUAAGGAACCAUCUAAUGUCUUUCUUGCACUGUGGGUGCUCGAAAGGGCGAGUAUCCGAGUCAGAUGGUCCAAGACCCUAUGACCGCAGUACUUACACUGCACUGCCUAAUGAUAGGGCAGAGACACCAGUAAAGACAGAUGGAAUGUCCUCAUCAGAAAGUAAUUCUAUAGCCGGUCUGGAAUUUGAACCUGCAGCAGCGUGUUAUGAACUUUAUACAACUAUAGGUAAAGGUCAUAAUGAAGCAGCUAAUAUCAAUCUAGCUAAACAUUUAACAUCUGGUCAGUUAGUAGCUAUUAAAAGAAUUUGUUUAGAAACCCCAGGUUUAGAUUAUAACACCCUUCAGAAUGAAAUAGUUCUAUGUCAGACAUUACAUCAUAGCAAGAUAAUACCUCAUUACUGUAAUUUUAUGUACUGUCAGGAACUAUGGACUGUCAUGCCUUUAAUGGCUUUUGGUUCGUGUAGAGAUUUGAUUCAUGCUUAUUUUUCAACUGGUUUAUCAGAACAAACAAUAGCUUAUAUACUUAGAGAUAUUUUACAAGCUUUAGAAUAUCUUCACAAUAGAGGAAUAAUUCAUAGAUCUGUAAAAGCUGCCCAUAUAUUAAUAGGAGCUAAUGGUAAAGUAUGUUUAUCAGGUUUACAGUAUGCUUACUCUAUGAUACAAGGUGGAAAAAGAUAUAAAACUGUUCAUUCUUACCCAGAUAAUGCUAUUCAAUGUCUUCAAUGGUUCAGUCCCGAAAUUUUAAAACAGAAUUUGGCAGGUUAUGAUACUAAGUCUGAUAUAUACAGUAUAGGUAUUACCGCAUGUGAAUUAGGUAAUGGUCAAACACCUUUCUCUGAUAUGCCUGCUACACAGAUGUUAUUAGAGAAGUUAAAUGGUACUAAACCAAUAUUAGCUGAUUCUACAACAGUAGCAGAUUUUAUAGUAGAAGAUGAUAUUAAUGGUCAGACAGUAAAUGAAGAAACAAAAGCUGAAACUGCCAUUUUCCAGCGGACAUUUUCACAGCAUUUUCAUAAUUUUGUUGGUUUAUGUUUAGAAAAGGAUCCAAACCUUAGACCAACUGCUACAGCUCUACUGGGUCAUCCAUUCUUAAAGAAUCUACGUAAAAAGACAACAGAUGUUUUACCUGGUCUUUUACAUCCAGUCACACCUUUAACAGAUGCCAGUAGACUUCCUAAAGAUAACUCUGUGACUGAACAGCUAACAGACCAAAUGUCAUCAGUAACAAUGGAAGAUGAUUGGUUGUUUUGAAUAAUUUAUACUCAUGAAUAUUCAGUGUUGUGCCAUAUGUAUAAAAGUAACUAGCAAUUUAACCAUAACUACAACAUAGUUACAGUGGUACAUAUUUCAUUCAUCCAUCUUAGAAAUAAACCAAAAGAAUCAUUAACACUGUACCAAAAAAUACAGCCAGUUGAUAUCAAAUCAAAUUAGUCCAAUGAUUAAAUAUUUAUUGUAAAUAUCCAUUCACUGAUCUAUUUAAAACAACAUGUAUUAUAUAUUCUCUUUGAAUAGAAGUGUAGAUUUAUAUAAUCUUUUAGAGGCAUUUACCAGUAGAAACUGGAUAGAGCAAUUAACUAUAACACAUACUUAUGGAAGAUUAAUUACUAAUGUAUUUGUUCGAAGUUUUGAAGAUUGUUUUCUCAAAGUUUUCAAAUAAGUACAGUAACAAAUGUGUAGAAGAGUUAUAUAUGGUUCAAUGGUCGAGAGCGAGACAUUAAGUAAUAUAUUGAUACUGGUCGAGAGCGAGACAUUAAGUAAUAUAUUGAUACUGGUCGAGAGCGAGUCUUUAAGUAAAAUAUUGAUACUGGUCGAGAGCGAGUCUUUAAGUAAUAUAUUGAUACUGGUUGAGAGCGAGACAUUAAGUAAUAUAUUGAUACUGGUCGAGAGCGAGUCUUUAAGUAAUAUAUUGAUACUGGUCGAGAGCGAGUCUUUAAGUAAUAUAUUGAUACUGGUCGAGAGCGAGUCUUUAAGUAAUAUAUUGAUACUGGUCGAGAGCGAGACAUUAAGUAAUAUAUUGAUACUGGUCGAGAGCGAGUCUUUAAGUAAUAUAUUGAUACUGCACGAGGUGUUAGUGUUGUUUCAGUAUAUUACGCAAUGUCUUUAGCUUAAGACCAUUGAACAACUUAAAAUACAGACACUAUCCCUCACGUGCUUUUCAAUGAAAUACGUCACACAAGUCCAAUAUUUCAUCUAGUAUAGAUAAUGUACGAUUGACAAGUUGCCUUUUGUACAUAAUUGGAAAUAAUGGUACGCCAACAUCAAAGGAUGAGGUCACAUCUGUAUUUUAAAUACAUGUAAAGACAAGAAUUGGUGUUGUUGCUUGUCUAUACAUGUAUAUAAUUACUCUACACAUUUGUUACUGUACUUGCUUGAAAACAUCUAGAGAAUACUCUUUAAAACAUCACACAAAUAAAUCAGUAAUUGUUCUUCCAUAAGAAUGUGUUGUAGUUUAUUUUUUUUAAUUUAUAUAGAUAUUUAAAAUCUACAGAAUCUUAGUAAUGGAUUGUAAAAUAAGCCUCCAAUGUGGUCACAUAUGAAUAUGUCCAAUAUAACUACAUAUGGUCAGAUAUGAAUAUGUCCAAUAUAACUACAUUAUGAUCAGUUAUGAAUAUGUCCGAUCUAACUACAUAUGGUCAAAUAUGAAUAUGUUCAAUAUAACUACAUAUGGUCAGAUAUUAGUAUGUUCAAUAUAACUACAUAUGGUCAGAUAUGAGUAUGUUCAAUAUAACUACAUUAUGGUCAGAUAUGAGUAUGUUCAAUAUAACUACAUUAUGGUCAGAAAUGAAUAUGUCCAAUAUAACUGAACAUGGUCAAAUUAUGUUAAAUGAAAAAUUAUUGUUUGUCAGUCAAUGAUAAUAGACAAAGGGCUAGUGUUUCUUUAACACUGAUAGCCUGCUACAGAAUCAACAAUGUUAUUCAUUAGUUAAUGACAUUCAUAUUGUUUUUUCCAUAAUGAAAAAGCUUACAACUUUUCUUAGCCCGGUAUCUUCCCUAAUAAGAGAUGAUUUUAUUGUGUUCAAAUGACUACCCGGUACAUAUAAAAUUGUACAUAGCAUGGCACUGGUACUGUAAAACAGUUAUUCAGAAAUGGUAACAGAUGUUUAGAAAGAGUAAGCAGAUCAUUUCUCAAGCAUGAUACCACUUUUAUGAAACGGAAUAUAGGGUUUGUAAUUUGUCAAGUCAGGAUGAGAAUAGGUUAUAAGUUUGUGUGUAUAAAUGUAUAUUACACUCAAAUUUCUUGAAUACUUGAAGAGCCCCGGGGAAGAACGAUCUAAGUCACCUUUUCAACGAACUCCAGUUAAUGGUGCCAUCUGGUAGCUAAUUGUAUAAGCUUUCUGUGGAACAAUCAAUUUCAGGUAAAAACGAUUGGAAUCACAUCAAACCAAGGCCCUUCUGAAAUGGCCUCCAAGACAAAUAUGUCUUUUAUUUGACCUUAAUUUGGCUGAUAAGUGGAAGUCAGUUGUUGUACUGGUAAUUAUGAUUCGUAUUAAACAUCAUUUUGAAGUUGUAAUUAAACCCACUUGUUCUAUUCGCAUCAAGCAUUUGCGUCCAAAAGUCUGUUUUGCCUUUUAUGCGAAAAGACAAAAACAUGACUUAAAUCGUUCUUCCCCUGGACUCUUCACUCGUAUUAGAUAAUUACUGAAUGGCUGAACUACUCUUUAAAUGCAAUCUCCAAAUUUAUACUUGAACAUGAUUGGACUGUAAACUUGUUAUAGAGUACUUAUUUGUAUGAUGUUUGUAUUUUGUCAAGUCAGAAUGAGUAUAGGUUAUAGGUUUGUGUGUAUAAAUGUAUAGUAUAUUUAAACUAGCUUAUUUUAUUAACAGCUUUAAUUAACAUUCAAAUUAUAAAUGUUUUUUAUUUGUUUUGUGUUUAUCAAGUUUGAUUGCCUUAUAUUUCUAAUCAGCCAAAAUGCAUUUUGUAUAUCAGAUCGCUUUUUUAGUACAUAUAUACAGACCUUGCCAUUACAUAAUAAUAUGCUGAGAGCAAAAUUGCUUUCUCCUAGUAUGUUACAGUGGAAUCCUGCUCAACAUUCACCUCAGUAUUACAGGCCGCUCACAUUUUAAUAUAGAGACCACUCAUCUAUUAAAGAUAAAAACUGGGAGGGUCUAGUGAUUUAAAACUGGGAGGGUCUAGUGAUUUAACAUGUAGUUAGAGGUCUGUCAUUGAGUCAAGUGGUCUGGGUUCGAUUCCACAUGCUUGUAUGUGACAAGGAGUGGGAUCGCCUGUCCAACCUUAUGGGGUUUUCUCCGGGUAAUCCAAUUUGCUCCUACUGCUAAAGGCCCCUACUUGCAGACGAAUUAUUGAAAUAAAACUAAACCAUAUGUUAGUCCCAAAAUGACCUAGUUUGUGUCAAGUGGACGUUAAACCCCAUUUCUCUCUCAAUUGCAGGAUUUCACUGUAUUUGGAGAUAAGUGAGUGAGCAUCAUAAAGAGAGUCUAUAAAGUGACCAUUUAUCUGCUGUUUAAGAUAUGUGGAUGGUCAGAUUUCUACAUUUUAUAAUCAGGCGAGAUUAGGGGGAUAUUGUUGAUCACCUUACUUGUAUGGCAAGGUCAGAUAUAUACAUGUAUGUCAUUGGUGUAAUACAUCUGUGAGCUAAGUAUAAAUGUGACUGUUACCUAGUAAUUAUCAGUAAAUAGUCAAUUUUACCAAUUUGUAAGGUAAAAUAUUUUUUAGUCUCUGAAUGUUAAAAGGUUAGAUUAUAAGUGCUGCAUGCAUAACUCAAGUCAUACUUGACUAUUUUGGAUUAAUAUUUAAGAAUUUAAAUACAUGACCCUAAAAAAGCCAUUUGAAUGAAACUUUGGUUAAAAAAAUUUGAAAGUCAAUGUAUUUUAUAUUUAUAUUUAGCGUAUAAUAUUUAUUUUAUGUUAUUUUUGAAUUUUGUUUAUUUAUCAAUUAGAUGUACAUAUUUUACAUUAUUAUGUAUGUAAGUGUAUAUAUUGUUAUCAGUCCCAAGCUCCUGUUAUUAUUGUUACUGUAAAUAAAUAAGUAUAUUGUUAUUCUGUUUCUUAGUAAACAGUACUUUAGCCAUGUCUGGUUUCCCCUUGUCAGUGGUGCAGGAAAGUUCCCAGUUGUUUGGAUGAGAUAAAAAACCAUUGUCCCAUGUAUAUCAUUGAUAACAUGUUGAUGAUUCCCUGACAGUUCGAAAUUACAUAAAGAGUAGGCUGAAGCACCACCACCGUGGCAAAAAUUGUCUCAUAGCACAACACACUGCAUGGCCUAUGCCAGUAUCUAUAUUUUCUCUUUGAAUUUGGGGGGGUUAUUUCCCUGCAACAGUCAUACACAUUUUAUGCUACAUUAAUUUUACAUUGCAUGAUCAAUUCAAGUAGAUAAGAAUGAAUAAAGAAGUCAUUUGAAUUCCAAUGAUUUCAGAUAUUGAUUGCUGGAGUUAUUGCUCUUGAUCACUUUAUAUAAUUUUGACCGAAAGCUUACUAAAUGUGAACAUGUUUUGAUCUUUUGAAGCUUCAGCCAUAAAACUGAUUAUUUCAUCAAGUUGCAUUGUAAUAAGGAAGAUGAAGAAUUCAUUUGAAUUUCAACACUUUCAAUAAUUACUGCUACAGUUAUUGCCUAUGAUCAAUUUGGUGAAUCUUGUUCAUGUUAUUGCAGCAAAUGUUGUUAUGGAAUCUAUGUGACAGGUUUAUCUAAUGCAUUGGUUAGAUUUACCCUCAUAGCACACUGUAUGGCGUAUGCCCAUGCCGGUCUUCAUUAGCCCAGUCGGAGUAGAACGUUAAACACCAUUUUAUUAUAUUUUAUUGUAUGUAUUGUGUAGUUAGGUGUUAAAACUCAUUGGUUAAAACUCAUUCCGUUCCUAUUAAAUUUCAACACAGUUUAAUAAUUACUGGGAAAAAAAUCAUUGCCUUGGGAUAAACACAAGUUACAAUCCCAGUUGUUUAAAUACGAAAUUGUAAACAUAAUAAGUUGUUUUUACACCUGGUAACUAACUCACACUGCAUGACAAAUAACAGUGUGUCUGAAUAUGUUCUAAAUUUGAAGGAAUAAGAAUGAAUCACUUUUGAAAAGUAAGAUUUUGUUGUUUUCUUUCGAUUGGUGUCAGAAUGGAAUGAAUCAUGAUAGCCCAGUUUGACAGGGAUGGGGGGGGGGGGCAAAUUGUUCGUGGAAAGGAAGACAAAACGUGGAUAGUUAAAAUUAAAUUAAGAGUAGGCCGAAUUGGUGCUGUCUAACAGAUUUUAAAGUUUUCACAAUAUAGUCUCGAUUGUCAAGUACCAUUGCUACGAUAAUAAACAAACACCCAUGACUUCGCUCCGAAUAAAGUAAUUUGACUCAGAAUUUAAAUUUAUUAAUUCUUCAUAAUCUAUUUUUGAACUAUUAUAGCGAGCAGGGAUAGCUCGUUAUCUAAAUCUUCCAUAAUGCACAAAAUCAUGAUUGGGGACGAAACUGCACAUUUUAGGUUAGCUAGUGCACAUAUUGAGGACACUUAAUUUAUAAAUUGCUUUCAAUUAUUAUUCGACUAUAAUUGUUAAUAUUUUUAGGUUUGGUUACAUUCGUGUGUCAUGUACUGUUGAUGGGGUAUAUAAACUAAUAAUAAGAUUUUUUUUUUCAAUAUUUGCUUGGCUUUUUUGAUAUUACUGGUUAGUUAUAAUAAGUAUAUAGUAACUAUUAAGAUAUUUUCCAUGGGAAAUG